UGUCCAUUUUCCCUUCAUCGUUUCCCAUAAAAACGAAACUCAGAUACACGCAUUUACAUUCACAAUCACAAUCUGAUAUAAACCAUCGCUUACAUUAUACAGAAGUAAAUAGAGAUGUGGCGGUGCGUAUCGCGUGGCCUCCGCAUUCCGUCGAAGAAAUCUACCGCCGGCGACUCCCUCUGCCGUCUCUUUUCAACUCAAUCGAAUGUGGGAGGGUCGUCAUACACAGUGGUGGAUCAUACCUAUGACGCUGUUGUGGUAGGCGCAGGUGGUGCUGGUCUGAGAGCGGCGAUAGGGUUGUCAGAGCAUGGAUUCAACACAGCUUGCAUUACCAAGCUCUUUCCUACUCGGUCUCAUACAGUUGCAGCUCAGGGUGGAAUAAAUGCUGCAUUGGGAAAUAUGACAGAAGAUGAUUGGAGGUGGCACAUGUAUGAUACAGUCAAGGGAAGCGACUGGCUAGGUGAUCAGGAUGCCAUUCAGUACAUGUGUAGGGAAGCUCCAAAAGCAGUUAUAGAGCUUGAAAAUUAUGGGCUACCAUUCUCUAGGACCGAAGAUGGGAAGAUUUAUCAGCGUGCAUUUGGUGGUCAAAGCCUAAACUUUGGAAAAGGUGGACAAGCAUAUCGUUGUGCAUGUGCUGCAGAUCGAACUGGGCAUGCAUUGUUGCAUACUCUUUAUGGCCAGGCUAUGAAACACAAUACACAAUUUUUUGUGGAAUACUUUGCCCUGGAUUUACUUAUGGGUAGUGAUGGUAGCUGUCAAGGUGUAAUUGCCUUAAAUAUGGAGGAUGGGACAUUACACAGGUUCCGUGCUGCCUCAACAAUUCUGGCUACAGGGGGCUAUGGUAGGGCGUACUUCUCUGCUACCUCUGCUCACACUUGCACCGGAGAUGGCAAUGCUAUGGUUGCUCGAGCUGGACUGCCUCUCGAGGUGCUAAUGUUAAUGUCUCCAACCAUUAAUGAGACGACUUUCUUUUUGCAGGAUCUGGAAUUUGUCCAGUUUCAUCCAACUGGUAUAUACGGUGCAGGCUGUCUCAUUACUGAAGGGUCUAGGGGUGAAGGUGGUAUUCUUAGGAAUAGUGAAGGUGAAAGAUUCAUGGAACGGUAUGCCCCAACAGCUAAGGAUCUUGCAUCAAGAGAUAUUGUCUCGAGAUCUAUGACAAUGGAGAUCCGAGAAGGCCGUGGUGUAGGACCAUUGAAAGAUCAUAUCUAUCUUCACUUAAAUCACUUACCUCCUGAGGUCCUCAAGGAGAGACUUCCUGGAAUAUCUGAAACUGCUGCCAUUUUUGCCGGCGUCGAUGUUACAAAAGAGCCAAUCCCUGUUUUACCUACUGUCCAUUAUAACAUGGGUGGGAUCCCAACAAAUCACCAUGGAGAGGUAGUUACCAUCAAAGGGGAUGAUCCUGAUGCUGUGACUUCUGGACUCUUAGCUGCUGGGGAAGCUGCCUGUGCAUCUGUUCAUGGUUCUAAUCGACUUGGUGCAAAUUCCCUUCUUGAUAUUGUUGUGUUUGGACGGGCUUGUGCAAACAGGGUUGCUGAGAUCCGUAGACCAGGAGAGAGCCAAAAACCACUUGAAAAGGAUGCUGGAGAGAGGACUAUUGCAUGGUUGGACAAGCUUAGGAAUUCAAAUGGUUCCCUUCCCACCUCAAAUAUCCGGUUGAACAUGCAGCGGAUUAUGCAAAGCAAUGCUGCUGUGUUUCGUACGCAGGAAACAUUAGAAGAAGGUUGUCAGUUGAUUGAUAAAGCAUGGGAGAGCUUCCAUGAUGUCAAGUUGAAGGACAGAAGCUUGAUAUGGAACUCAGACUUGAUAGAGACCAUUGAGUUGGAAAACCUUUUAAUCAAUGCACGUAUCACCAUGCACUCUGCUGAAGCAAGGAAAGAAAGUAGAGGAGCCCAUGCGCGUGAAGAUUUUACGAAAAGAGAUGAUGAGAACUGGAUGAAACACACUCUGGGAUAUUGGGAGAAUGAAAAAGUUAGGCUCGCCUACAGGCCAGUUCACAUGAACACGCUGGAUGAUGAAAUCGAAUCAUUUCCCCCAAAGGCCCGAGUAUAUUGAUCGUUUGCUCACCAGGGAAAACUUGCUGGCUCAAGAAAUUGAUUUUCUAAUACUGUUAAGAGGUCAGAAUAAAUUAAUUUGAAUUGCAAAAUUUUGGUAAUAAUGGUUGCAUUUAUCAACGAUGAUCUGAUGAAAACCUUAAGUGUGGAUAGAUCUCAAAUCAAGCCUUGGUCUCUUUUGUUGUCAAGCUUUCCAUGAUAUUUUGUUUCUCACUGAUGGUGUCACUCGUUAUACAGAUAACGAGCCUCGAAAAUUCUGUUUUACGUUGCUGUAGGGAAAAUGGAAUGUAUGUACAUGUUGCAAUAAAUAAAACACACUUUGGUUGCUUGUUGACAAUAGGAGUAAGUUUGCAAUCUU